AUUUUCAUUGCCGUAUUUCGCAUAUUUUUCAUUGAUCUAUGUGGAUUACGGAAAGCUAUGUUUCGCAAGGCACUGGCAGCCGUAUAAUAACAAAAACGUGUAUUUCGUAAUAAAUCGACGAUACGUUAACGUUGCAUUUUCUUUGUAAAUUGACAUGGCAGAAACACCCACAGAACCAAAAACCAAAACGAAAACGAGUCAAAAGUCGGAGGAGAACCAGGCAGAACCUCCUCCUUUAAAAAAAAGACCGUUUAAAAGACACGGACGUCUUUACGCUAAAGCCAUUUUCACUGGUUACAAACGUGGACUGCGUAAUCAACAUGAACACACAGCUUUGCUUAAAGUUGAUGGAGCAAAAAACAUACGCGACUCAGAUUUUUACAUAGGAAAACGGUGUGUUUAUGUAUAUAAGGCGAAAAAUAAGACACCCGUUCCCGGUAAAAAAGGCAGAAAAACAAAAGUUAGAGCUAUUUGGGGUAAAGUGACACGACCCCAUGGAACUAGUGGUUCUGUGCGUGCUAAGUUUAAAAGAAAUUUACCUGCUAAAGCUAUGGGCCACCGUAUCAGAAUUAUGCUGUACCCCAGUCGGGUAUAAACUUUUCUUAUAUAAAAUAAGUAAAUAAAUACUGCUUUGUAACCAAAUUACAAGUGUUUUUAUCCCCCUCCCCCUG